AGUUUCUCUUCGGCAUUGGUCGGCAAAAUAUAUCGUAUAUUUGUGUUACAUCUCUAAAUAGAUAUACUUAAUUUUAAGUUUGUUAACAAAUGCAAUAUAGAUGUUUUUAUGAAUAUAUAAGCUCUGUACUGCAUUGAAACUUAAAUUUCCCGAUAAGUCACUCGUCUGCAAUUGGAUGUUUAAAUAUAUUUGAAGCCGAAUAAUCUUCCUUUCUUCAAGACUUGACUGCUUGAAGAAUUAUUUUAACUAAAACCAUGGAAUAUCUACAAAUUUUUUUUAUGCUUCUUUUUGUGAGAGUUGAAGGAGUGGAUGAGUUAGAAAGAGUAUGCCUCAGACAGCCAGAGACAACUGCUAAAAAGCGACCUGGUGAUAAUGGAUUUCAGAUAAGAAUAGCUGGAUCUCCAGAUGGAUACGAGGCUAAUAAAGAUUAUACUGUAAGCAUCAGCGGAACAUACCCAGAUCAGAAAUUUGAAGGCUUCAUGAUGGUAGCUGUACCUGAAAAUGCUGUAGACGAGACGACCGAUAUGGGAGAAUUCCUGCAGACUCAACCUACUUGCAUACCACUUUGUAUGUAAAUCUGUCAUGCGGCUACUUCAUAAGUAUUUUACUGAAAAGAUUUGAGUUAUAAGAGACUAAUAUUGUGGAAUCGUGGGAAACAACCAGUUUGUCACACCCGUUGUUUGUCGAUCAUGGCAACGUGUUUCCUUUCAUAUGCAUUUGGCAUGUGAUGUUUUGUAAAAGGCAAAAUGAACUUUUUGUUUUUGAAAAACAAAUAAUAAUCUACCAAAAAAAAAGACGACACGUGUGACCACACCCUAGGCGGCGUUUCUUUAGUUCACCGAGGAGACCUGGCAUUUGUAAUAUUUUCUUUAACUAGGAUAGUAUUUGUGGCCAACGUAUUCAGCUCUUUGUAUACAGAGAUGAAUUAUGAAAAGGGAAAAUUUGAACGGUUCUGCUCGAGUAAAGGAAGGUAGUGACUCUUUGUAGUCGUGUCAACAGAGUUAUUAUAAAUUACACUUUUAUCUUGUCGGUUGCCUUGUCGCUUUGAAAUAGGGCGUUCGACCCAAUAGAUUCAUUAAACCGUAUACUUAGAUGUUGGGGAUUUGAACGCAUGCCUUGCACAGCUGCUAUAUCCAUAUGGGAAGAAAAGUGCGUCUUAGGUUGUAGAGGAUUAAAAGAAAAUCAUUUAGCUGUUGAGUUGUUCAACAGCCGACGAUUACUCCAGAACUAAGAGCAAAAAAUAUUGAAAGACACUUCUAAUCAAUCAAGCCUAAUAAUCGUUCUUGCCUGAAGAAUGCACUACUAUUCUUCUCUUUGUUAUAUACUACCUAAAGCUUUACAUAGCGAUAGCAUCUUAGGUAUAUCAUUACAACAUGGUAGGCUCAUAAGGCUUUAUACAAAGUGUUAGAUUAUUAACUCUAAUGGUACUACGCCGAAGAUGCUAUUGUUACAAGACACAAUAUAUUUUUCAUACUAAUUUGUUAGAGGAUACCUUUCUCUCGACUCUUCCUCUAUUUUAUGACUAAUUCUAAUUCUACAGUUAGUGUACCUAAAAUCGCUUCUUUAACUCUACUUCUACACUUAGUUACCUUUGUACUGUACGCUAGUUAACUGCAGCGAACGUGUCAAUUGUUGCUUUUUAGAGGUAUUAAAUGAAGAGUUUUUGAUGAGUCAUAAAUCUGAUAAUGGAUUGACGGUAUACGCGUUUGUAACGGAAUACCGGACGGUUUUUAUAGAAAAGCAAUUUGCAAGGGGCGGCGGCCUCGAAAUAUACACAAAAGAAAAUAUAUGCGGGCUAAGAUAGAAUUUGAACAGUUCACUCCAGGUGCGCACAUAUGAAUUGGACGUCACUAGCUGCUUAACGCAGCAAAAAUGAACAGCUGCCGCCUUACACAGAGCUACAGAUCCAGGAAGAGAUCGCCUUACAAUGCCACAUCUGCUGGCGGCUCACCAAUUGUGAAAGCUAAUAAGGGAAUGCCUCAUCACGUUCGUUGAUCCUUCAAUAUCGGGGCACUAAAGAAAGUAACAAAAAUAAAGCAUUAUAACAAAAUGAGAGAUAAAACAUUUUUUGGUUGGAUAAUGCUAGUAAAACACUCUUAUUUGUUUGUCUUUGUUUAACGGGAAAUGAUGGGGGCGCUAAUGAGUUUUGCGUGUAUAUUAAGAAGACGUUGGUUUGCUUAUUCUGUUAUCAGAAGAAACAUAUUGAGUGUCGAACAUUUGCGCCUAAUGACAGACGGUUGAUAAGCGUUAUCUCGAAUCACUAUCGGCUCACACCCUCCCCCACCACGUUCGGCUUCAUCAGAACUUCUUGGGGCGUGAGUAGAUUAAUUGGGGGGUCGUUAACUGCGCUUGCCCAGCUGCUUGUCGACGCUUUGAUGCUUAUACAAAUAUAGUUAAGUAAAGAAAAGAAAUUGUCUUGUUCUUUAGCUCUAUAAGAAAAUUUUCUAAAUCUUACUAUCACGGUCUCUUCUGUUAUCACAACCGAUACGCUUGACCGAUGGUGUCGAUAACCCUGUCAGAAAUUGAAGUUUGCUUUUGGAUAAGGGAUCUCCUUGUUUUUUUUCCACCCUAUUUAUUUGGUUUAAUAGGGUCCGAGCUUAUUAGCCUAUCUGGUUUUAGUUAGGUUGCAUAUACAUCACGAAAAUUUCAGUUCUAUGGUUUUUCCCUAGUAUAACAAAUAAUAUACGGCUUCGUAACUCGAUACCAUUCAUAUUAUUCAAACCGUAUAUACUUCGAUUAGCCAAUGUUGAAAUAGUAUACGGUUCGUAUACGCUCUGUAUAUCCUGUUCGAUUAGCUGCGCUGUGACCUAAAACAAACAAAUACUGAUUAUAUCGUGAUUCUUGCGAAUUUUUUCAUCAGGUAGAUGAGUAUGAAAAACGAAAAUUCUCUAGUUUUUUGCCUGAUUUUUAAGUCUGACUCAGAGAAGUUAAAUACUUAUUUCAACGAAAGGAAUUUUUGUGUGGUCCAUCAGCAUAGUCAAAAAAAGGUGCGGGUAAUGCAUACUUUAAUAAUACACGGGAAUAGGGCGACAUUCGAUAGUCUAGCUCUUUUGUUAAAGAGCUUUUACAGGUCGUAGGGUUGCAGCCAGUGACAUUAGAGUUUUCAAUAGACACCUGCUCGUCCCUAGUUAAGGAUAAAGUUUUUGCUUAGUUUUAUGGAAGCGAUUCGCUUGUCUACUAUACUGUAUACAUUAUAGACGAGCAGUUGAGUGAUUGCGAUGCGUUUCAUAAUUCGCUCCAGUCUAUGCAGACGAAGUGCAGCCGUGGCGCUAAUGCCCGCAGUAUUUGCAGUUGGUACAGUCCGUCAGAUUCGGUUAGGCGAACAAAAAGCUAAAAAAUCUCUCCGUAAAGGUUAACGAAGCGAACUAAAUUUUUGGCACACGUCAAAAGACGUUUUUUCUUCGUAAUUUAAUCGCUAAUUCUACUGUCCCAUUUUCUCUCUCCUUUAGCCACAUAAUCGUGCACCAAUUAGCCGCCUACAGACAGUUUUUUCCUGCUUGAGGGCGUCGAUUAUGCGACUCACACGCCUUUUUUAACUUUCUUUGUCCUUUUAUUACUUUUUUCAUCGUCUUUUCCCUAUUUUUUUCCUAUAUAGCCUAUGGAUAAUGAUUCAAAAAAAGCUUCAAUGUGCCCAUAUGUGCUCACGCAUAGCUAUAGCCAUAAGAAGAGGGAUACUCAACUAGUCUGGACGGCGCCUGUCAGUGGAGCAGGAUGCGUGGAAUUCAGGGCAACUGUCAUUUCAUACAACGACAUCUGGUACAAAGAUGACGGCGCCUUGACAAAAAAACUCUGCGAAAUGAAAGAAAAAGUGAAACGUAAUGUUUCACCUCCGAAAAACUGCUGCCCUUGUGGAUCUGCAAAAUAUCGGAUGAAAUUCGAAGGUUUAUGGACGAAGGAAACAUUUCCCAAGCAAUUUCCCACUCCACUCGCAUUUGCACACUGGUCCCCCAUUACUGGAGCAUCACAUAGUAGGGACUAUUCCAUAUGGAAAUAUGGAGAAUACGCUAGUGAUGCAGUUCAGAGUGUGUGCGAAUAUGCUCACACUCAAAAGCUUGAGAGCGAAAUGCGAAGAAAUUCAAGAUUUAUUAGAACAGUUGUUAAGACAAGAGGCAUAUCUUGGCAUAGAAGAACAAAAUUAUUACAGAAAAAAUGGGCAUACUUUAGCGUUGACAGAAAACGCCACUAUCUUUCUUUUCUAACAAUGCUGGGUCCCUCGCCUGAUUGGUGUGCAGGGAUAUCUAAUUUAAACUUAUGUGACAAUUGUACUUGGAUAAAGCGUAAAAUUAUUGAUCUGUAUCCUUGGGAUGCUGGAACUGAUGAUGGCAUAACAUAUAAAAGUAGAAACAAAGAAAGUAAUCCUCGACAAAAAAUACGAGCCAUAGACAAUUCUUGGCCAAAUAGUAAAUAUUCUCCAUGGUAUCAAUCAAGACCUAUCAAACCGGUAGCAAAACUGAUAAUCAAACGCCUACAACCAAAAUAUGAUACCGAUAUAAAACUUUGUAAUGGAGAGAAUGAGCUUGAUGAAAAUUUUCCAUCUCUUGAUUUUGGGAAAGAUGAGGAUGAAAAAAGUCCUGCUCAUGAAGAGGAUGUGUUACCUUUCAAUCAAUAUAUCAAAAUGACAGCUAUGGAAAGAGAAAAACUGUCUAUGUUGAAAAGUUUUUGUGCUCUAACAGAAUUCGGACCCUGGAGCGUUUGUAGUGCGACCUGUGAAAAAGGUAUUCGUUACAAGACUCGACAUUUUAUAAACAAAGACGCCAAUGAAACCUAUUGCGGUAUAUCUUUGAGAAAAGUUGAAAGCUGUAGAGCAGCAAAAGGAUAUUGUGGAGAUUUUAAUGAUCCCUGUGCUACAUGGCCUUGGUCUGAGUGGAGCCCUUGCUCUGUAUCGUGCGGUUACGGUGUUAAGAGACGGAAAAGGUCUUAUAUAAAUUCGACUGCUGCACGUUUUUGCACAAAAGAUGUUUCCGAAACUGUUAAAUGCCAGGCAAAGUAUACGGACUGUGAAAAGGCCAUAAAAAUGGAGAAUUUAACAAAUAUUUGUUCGAAGCCCAGCGAUUCUGGUGAAUGUAUGGCUGCCCAUACUCGUUGGUUCUACAAUGCCACUGCAGAUCAAUGCAGUCACUUUGUAUAUUUUGGUUGUCAAGGAAAUAAAAACAACUUUAAAUCAUAUUCUGUAUGCAUGAAUGUUUGUGCAAACCAUAUGAGAAAGAUAAAGGGAAAUAUCAUACACAGCAGAAUCAAAAAUUAUGUCUCGGGAUCUUCACCAAUUCAUUGUAGAGUAUCAAAAUGGUCUAAAUGGUCCAAGUGUAAUAAAGACUCUUGUCUUAAAUAUAAAACGCGAAGAAUUCUUCGAAAAUCUGCUAAUGGCGGAAAGCAAUGUCCUACAAAAUUAAAGAAAUCUAAACAAUGCGUAGGCAGAGACAAGAGAAGUUGUUGUGCAGUUGGGCCUUGGUCUGAAUGGUCAAAAUGUAGCAGAAGUUGUAGGAGUCCACGAAAUUAUGUACGAAUUGUAAAGGAAAGGACACGAAAAGUUCUGUAUGGGUCUGAUUGCAAAAAUCUUGAGCGUCGAUUGUGUGACUUACCUCCUUGUCCAACUCAUUAAAGUCAUGGAAAAUUCCAAUGUGCCAAACUGCAUUUUAUAUUAAUAUCAACUAAUUCAUUGUUGGUCAAAGCCUUUUUCGGAGUGCUGCUUGAGAAUAAAUAUGACGUUUCAAGGAGGAAUAUCUGUUUGCAAUCCGGUGAAAGAUUCAUUACUUAAACUAAAUGUGCAUGUUAUUUAAUCACUUGAACCAUGUAUUUGUCAAUCAUAAAGUUAUAAUUGUAACAUGUAUAUGUGUUACGUAGCACAUGAAAGCAAGUAACGCAAAAAAUUAUUUGUUAAUUAUAUAAAAGAGUAGAACUUUUGUUACACUGCGCAAAUUUGUGCUUUUUACAUGCUUAAAAUUUUAUCGAUGGAUAAGAAUAUAAUUAAACUUGUUUUACAAAAUGUUUUAUGUAGAAAUGUAUUACUUUAUUCGUUAAUAAUAAUAAAAAUAUAAUAAACAUGUAAUAUCAACUUGCCAG